CCCUCCCCCGUUUUGCGCCCUUGCUUCGACUCACAACCAUCAGUCUCUUCUAAGCAAAACGACACCUUCUUAGUAUUCUACUCACCAGCCGGGAUCGUUGCCCAUGAAGUUUUUCAGCCAGUCCUUCCUGUAUGACGAUCCCUGGUCUAUCGUGUCGCUCGCGUUCUUCCUGCGGUACCCGAACCCUUACGCUGCGCAUGUUCUCUCCUGCGACGUAAUUUCUCGGCAGCAAACGGAAUCUGGCUCGCUCGUGACGACUCGGCUCAUCCUCAAGCGCGGUGCUCUUCCCAGAUGGGCCCCUCAGGGUAUCAUCUCCAAGACGGAAUCGUGGGUCAUUGAGGAGAGUGAGGUGGAUCCUUUUGGCAAGGAGGUGCGUUGCAGCACGAAGAACCUCGACCAUGUGAAGGUGCUGCAAGUUGAGGAAAGGCAGCAUUUCCGCCAGGCCGAGAACGGGGGAACUUUGCAGACUACGGAAGCCUAUAUUACUUCCAAGUUCGGCUGGGGUUUGACCAAGAGGAUUGAGAGCCAUGGCCUCGCGCGGUUUAAGACACACAUCCAACGAUCCCGGGAGGGCGUCUCUCUCAUCGUUAAUCUCUUGCGCCAAGCAAGACAACAACCCAUGGCACUAGGGUCAUAUAUGGGCAAUUUGCGCUCUGACCUCGCGGAGAAUCCCAUCCCUCAUUCCUCGGCUUCUCUGCACUGCGAGGAUGAUGAGCACAAUGUGGACGAUCAAGCCUCACAACCUCAAAAUAACUCAUGGGUGAGCAAAUUCUGGGGGCCGUAGCUGAUGCUUUCACUUGGUGCACCGCUCCGUUAUUUCUGUCUUGUCGUUUUCCGUCUUGGUGAUCAUUCUAGUAGCUCACUUCACAUACCUCCACUGACUUAUCCACGCAUUGCACUGCUCCAUAAUUGUAUCAUUAGUUGCCAGUAAACUACCACAUAUCCAAUAACACACUCCCCCUGAUUUCCUCCGUCGGCAUGGCUUUCAGCCAUGCUGUGAGCAAUCGCGGAGAUGAUAGUUUCCAAUUUACA